GCUUACUGACAAUGGUUCUUGUAAAUAGAAAUAUACACGACUAUUGUCGUAAUAAUAAUUGUUUUGAUAAUAAUAUGUACGUUUAAAAGGUUUAACUUUAUGAAUGGCGGGAAAGAGAAUAGCUAGGAAAGCCUUAGACUUAGCGUUAGGUUCUCUAAAAAAAAUCAAGCCCGCAGUCAAAAGCCUUUGGGGCGGCACAAAAGAGACUGUAAAAGAAACGUCUGCCAAACGCCUAGUGGAAAACCAGCCGGUAGAAAAACUAGAAAAAACUAUAGAUAACGCGGUAACCUCUCUCUCUGAAAGACUGAAAACUGAAAGAGAUAAACAGUUACCUGAAGAAUAUGAGUACCUUAAAAAGGAGUUAGAUGAUGUUAAAAAGAGACUCGGGAAAAGGCCCCCUUCUGCGGAGUUGGAUAAGAAUGGGGAAAAUAUACCUUCUGCGCAGUUGGGUAAGACCGGGAAAAUUAAACCUUCUGAGCAGUUGGAUAAGACCGAAAAAAAUAAACCUUCUGCGCAGUUGGAUAAGACGGAUAAGGAAGGUUAAGAAGGAUAAGAAGAAAUGAGAUUGGAUAAGCUAUUCUUUGCUCUAAGUAUGAUUUGAAGUAAAGCAAUGGUCACCUAGUAUCCGUUUUCGGAAAAUACUGUAAGAAAACAUGAUAGGAUAAACUGUAGAACCCGGCUGUCAUUUGAAGAUCUUUGGCAGUCGUUACGGGUAGUCAGAAGCCAAUAAGUGUGACAAUCAGUCUUGGAGUAUAUAGGGCAGUCGCUCCUUGUGAAGCACUGGUACUCAGUUGCAUCCGGUUAGACUGGAAGCCGACCCUAAGUUGGGAAAGGGCUUGGAAGAUGAUGAUGAUAAGAAGCAAAUAACUAUACAAUUGGGGGAUUGAAAA